AUGCAAUCUCCUUUGGAUGUCAAAACGGUGUGUAUCAAAACUAUUAAACCUUCACUGAUUCACGAGAAAUUUAGUAUAUUAGUACAAGGGAUCCACUAUGAAUUGGUGGUUAGAGAGUUAAGUAAUUGGGAACGGGACAUUGUACUUAAUGAAGACGAAUUGGAUCGUGAUAUGCCUAAAUUUUUUGGUGAUUAUGAUAAUAAUGACAUGUUAUUUGAGAAUAAUGAGGGAGACUGCACAACUGGUGGCAUUAAUCAAGAAAAAGAUGAUGAAAUAGAAGAGGCCAUUUUUUUCCAGACUUCAAGGUUGAAGAAGAAAGUUUUCCUGGUGGGCAUGCCUUCGAUUGGGCCACCCAUUGUUGAUCACUUUCUGACCCUAGAUUAUAUUGUUCCAAGCUUGACCGUCAUUGGUGCAUCGCUUUCUCCUCCAAACGUUUUGCCUGUUAAGGCUGCUGUUCAGAUUAAUGGAGUUGAUGGUGAGCAGCCUGAGUGUCUUUAUCAACCUCCUGGCUUCCAUCAUGAUCAUAAUUCAACACCUGAUAGAAUAAUGUUAAGGCUAACUCCUCAAGUUCUAACGAAUCUUUUAAAUUUUUGA